UUUUCCCCUUUAAUUUUGGAUCAAAAUGACAUUGUCAAAUUGUUUUUAUUUUUAAGAGUCAAUUGUUGGCUAAUACUGCAUUUACUAACUUUAUUUAUUCAUCUUAAUUAUUUGUAUCUAAAUAUAUAUAUUGACUGUAAUAUUUAUAGCAAUAUUAGUUUGGGAGUAACUUGGGUGACCCCCAUUGUUUGAAAAAUCUGGGCCCCUGAGAGAGAAGAGAAGAUCAAACCGUGGAUCUGACGUUAACCCCACUUUGGAUUUUCUUGUUUAUAACUCUCAGAUCUCUUCCCAAAAUCCAUUAUUUGUGUAUUUAAAUCUAUUGAUUUUCUUGUUUUCUUUGCAAUCCAACAGUUCUUGGAUUGUUAUAAUUAGGCAAUGAGGUUCAAGAAGAAAUUAACAUCCCAGAAAAGUAUUCGUUCUGCUUCUCCAGUUAAUCAGAUGUCUAUUUCAGAUCAUAGUGCGAAACAUCAUAAGGAUUUAGAAAAUUUGAAUCUGUUGACACAGCCUUUCAGAACGCUCAAGCUUUUCAGUAUGGCGAUGAUGCAGUAUCUCAGGACGUCGAUAGCAUACCUUUUGUCGCAUCGAUGGUGUAUGCUUUUCAGUACAAUUGUUGUAUUUUCCUUAACACUGCUUGUGACAACAGAUGGGCCUCAUGUAAAGCAUGUUGAGGAGGUUCUUAAAUAUCUCCAGUUUGGAUUCUGGUGGGUUGCUCUUGGUGUUGUAUCUUCUAUUGGCCUUGGUUCUGGUUUGCACACUUUUGUCCUCUAUCUGGGUCCUCAUAUUGCUUUAUUUACGAUAAAAGCAAUGAAGUGUGGGCGAGUUGACCUCAAAAUGGCUCCCUACGAUACAAUACAAUUUCAAAGAACACCUCAAUGGCUUUUUAAAGAUUGUUCAGAGUUUGGGCCCCCUGUAUUUUCAUCUUCACAUGGCACAAGUGUUCCUUUUAGCAGCAUACUGCCCCAAGUGCAGUUAGAGGCUGUUUUGUGGGGCCUUGGAACGGCACUUGGAGAGCUUCCCCCAUAUUUUAUUUCAAGAGCAGCAAGCCUCUCAGGAAGUAAAGUGGAGGCAAUGGAAGAAUUAGAUGCAUCUUCUGAAAAUAAAGGAUUUCUAGCUACUCGUCUGGCUCAAACGAAGCGGUGGUUUUUUUCCCAUGCACAAUGUUUGAACUUCUUCACCAUUCUAAUACUUGCUUCGGUUCCAAAUCCUCUAUUUGAUCUUGCUGGCAUAAUGUGUGGACAAUUUGGAAUCCCAUUUUGGAAGUUCUUUUUUGCAACUUUGAUUGGAAAGGCUAUCAUUAAAACUCACAUACAGACCGUCUUUAUAAUUUCUGUUUGCAACAAUCAACUUCUUCAUUUGGUGGAGACCGAGUUGAUUCGGAUGCUUAGUUUUAUACCUGGUAUUGAAACCAUGUUACCCAAAAUUAUUGCCAAGCUCCAUUCCAUGAAAGACAAGUAUAUGGCUACCAAAACUCCUUCAACAUCAAAUAUAAAGGUGAACAAAUGGGAUUUCUCAUUGGCUUCAGUUUGGAACGGUGUGGUUACAAUCAUGCUACUUAACUUUUUCGUUAAGAUUGUAAAUGCUACUGCACAACGGUUUUUAAAAAAACAGCAAAAACAGGAAUUGGCUGCUCUGAAGAACAAAUCAUCUUGAGGUCAAUCAGAUAAUCCUCUUUAUUCUCAUCGAUUUGUUUUUUCAAGCUUUUCCUUUUCGCUAUCUACCUUUGUCAAAUGAUCAGAAAUAGGGUAAUACGAAAUGAUUUGUGACUUUGGUGAUUACGAUGAAAAUUACUUGGGAGACUCGGCACCAGCAAGUCCAUUUCAGAAACUUUGUACAAAAGAACAGUAGUCUCACAAGUUCAUUGGCUAUGUAACUUCAAGAAAAAAACAAUUAUUUAGGGGUGCCAUUGUUGACAAAAUUGGAUAACAGGAAACUGGAAACUCAGUAUUGGGCAGAUGCUCUGACAUUUAGAAAGUGAUAUCAUUUUCUGCAUUUAUAAACAGGCCUGAGUUUUAAGUGUAGCAA